GAAAAUAGGAUAUUUUGUGGAACGACUGAAAGGUGUUGAAGAUUCCCUCAAGGUUCCCUGAAUUUAUAAAUAGCGAAAAUGCAGGAAAAAUUGUUGCUUGUGUUGGGUUUGGUGGCAAUUCUUGCUUUUGAAUCUGGAGACUGCUGGUGGAGGAGACGUCAUAGUUACCACAACGCGUACAAAUCUCAUCAUUUGAAUACUCUGAAAUUGUACCGAGCAUUGCAAUCAAAAUACCGAGUCGUUCUAGCCAAUUAUAAAGCUCUAGUGUCGUACAUACACGGUGUUGGAGUGAGAGCUGUUAGAUAUGGUGGCUACGUAACCGGAAUCGGGAGACAGUUGUUGUCACAACAUGCCAGGCACAGAUAUAUUGCCUAUCAUUAUGGAGAUGACGAUUUAGUUGAUGAUGACUUGUUUUCUGACAAUAUGAAUGACGCAAUAGAAGACAACUUCAAUGAAGAGAAUGACGAUCAACAUCUGUUCGAGGAAAAAGAAGAGAAACAGGAAAAUGGACUUCCCCAACAUGCUGGAGAUUUUGUUCGGGAAGUUUAGUAAAGUGAAGAUUAUCGACGGCAGAACACAAUGUUACAUGAACGAAUCAAACCUUCCCCAUCAUGCUUUUUUGAAUAAAAGUUUAGAAUGUCAUUUUAUUAUUUAUGUAUUUGGAAAUACACUAUAUAUACUGCAUAA